AGCCGCAGAUGAAGCUCAGUCUUCGUGAACUUGUGCGAGCGCAAGGACGUCGAAGAAGACGCAGGGGAACCCCCUGAUGUUCAAACAUCGCCGGCCGAAUUAUCGAUCGAGAAUACCGUGAUCAUAUUUGUUUUUCCACGAUGCCGCUGCAUACUUGCUGACUAAUUUCCCAUCAUUCUGUCUAGUCAUCCGCGUUCGAAAUUCUCGGUCACUUCUGUUCCCUUGUUUUCUAUUUUAAACACUGAACCGAACCGAAACGAGCGUGCGAAGGUAAAUACAAUCGCAGGGAAACAAUAAGCGGCCGGUAUCAUCGUCGGUUGAAUUAACCCUACAAAGACUAAGGAGUGGGGGGGUAGAAUUUCCCAAACCUCCGAUUGGAAAACAUUAAAAACACAUUAUUUCUCUCAUAUAAAAUAUCGAGGAAAAAGUGUACUCGUUACUGCGUACUAGCCUCUUUAAGAAAUCAAUUCUUGGAGAAAUAAGUGAACAGAUGAUCGUGUUCAGAGAUCAUUUCUUAUAGUCUUUCCAGGGUUAAGGAUGCCCACGCUGAGGUCGUUUUUCUCGUUCAGAGUAAAUAUUUUUUGCACGACGCUUGAGGCCUGUGAAAUCAUUAAUGCGGCCCUGGCUCGAACUGAUCUUCCACCGGUUCUGUCACACUUAUUCUUAUUAUUCUUCGUUUUUCCUCACGCGAGAUUAACAUACAGAUAGAUGAAUGUUAACGUACGGCCACCGCUGGCUGGGGUAUUCCCCAGUCUCCUCUCUCGAACGAGAUUGAUCGUAUCCAUUCUUUAACGGUGAUUAACAGCUUCUAGGAAUGUAUAAGUGCAGUAGGAGUAUACAGGAGAGUGUCAGGACGUGUGUUUAGAAUAACGGUUCAUAAAUCUGAUUGCACACUUACCGGGGAAACAUUGAUCUUGCGGGUAGGAUGGAACGAUAACUGUUUACCGAAAUCUGGAUUACUGUUAUUCCCUUCUCCAAACAAUCAACUCUCGGGUUCGGAACGAUCGAAGGGAUCGUUGCGUUAAGAUCAGUCAAUGAAGUGUUCGAAAUAGAAGUGAUUCGAGACGUGUGAUUAUUUGUCUUUAAGAUAGGAUGCUGCACGGCUGGACAGUGAAAAUGAACGUCCGACUCUAUGGUUUACUUUUCCUGCUUGCGUUGCUUUCUCAACAUAUUAACGCUGAAAAGUUGAAACUAUGCGUCGUCGAGAGCGUACACACGGCGAAAAGGAUCCGGCUAUUUUGCCCGCAACUGACGACCACGGGGAGUCAGGUAGAGUGUGUUAUUGGAAACGAUAGAUUCAAUUGCCUGCGGCGAUUGACCAUGGGCCUGGCUGAUUUCACAGUUCUGGAACCGGAAGACCUUGUCGCGGCAUCUGCGUACAACGAAUACAACAUUCUAGUCACCAACGAGUUAAGAUUACUUCCAGAGGAGAAACAACGUUUCGAGAUGGUAGUUCUAGUCAACAAAGAUGUUAAAAGUAUAUGGAACCUUAAGGGAAAACGGUUCUGCCACCCUGGACUCGACACCGUCGACAAAUGGACUAAGGCUUUCUCAACGUACUUUGAGAAAUGGAUAAUUACCAAAGAGUGUGAUCCCGAGAAGACGCUGCUGGAGAACAGGAUAAACGGGCUGUCCAAUUUCUUUCAAGCAGCUUGCAUCGCCGGUCCUUGGUCCGCUGACACCACGUUCGACAGCAAGCUGAAAUCCAAGUACCGGAACCUCUGCGCCGCGUGCGACAAUCCUCUUGGCUGUUACUCGAGUGAUAAGUAUCACGGCCGGGAGGGUGCUUUAUUGUGUCUCACUGAUAACGUGGGAGACAUCGCAUGGGUCCGAUUAGACGACACUCUCGAGCACUUCAAGGAUGAGCAGAUCAGCAAAGAAAAUUUCAAUUAUCUUUGCCCGGAUGGGACCACGAGGCCCAUGAAGAUCGACAAACCGUGCGUGUGGAUCACCAGACCAUGGCCGGUCAUCGUCGCCAAAGUGGAGGUGGCCGAGAAAGUCGAGAAGAUGAUGAGCUCGUUCGAGCAGCAGGAGUCGAGUUGGAUUAUGCGUGAUUUGUUGGAGAACUUCCACCCGACGCCGGUGAGCAUGGACACCCUAGAAACGCCGGAAGACUACUUAGUAAAAUUUCCUGGUUUCAUGAGCGCUAACAAUCGCGCGAACUGCCGUCCGUCGAGAAGAGUGCAAUGGUGCGUCACGUCGAAUUUGGAGGAUCGAAAGUGCCGGUGGCUCAGAGAAGCCUCCUUCGUUUACGGCGUGGAGCCCACUAUAUCCUGUAAGCAGGAGUCAUCGAGGUCAGCGUGCCUGGAGGCACUUAAAAACAACAAGGCGGACGUAUUUGUCGCCCGGCCCGAGGAACUGUACGACGCCAGAUUAAUGGGGCUGAAGUCGCUGGUACAAGCGAUACCCAAGAAGAAUAACGAGUUCAACCGGAUCGCAGCGAUCGUCAAACAGGAUUCAUGGUUCAGAAGCUUGAGAGAUCUCAGAGGGGCCAAAGCGUGUUUCACAGGGUAUAAAGAUGUCGGUUGGUACACUGUUCUCUCGGUUCUGAGGAAUAUAACUGGCACCAAACUGGAGUGCUCGGAUGUACGAGCAAUUUCAAACUUCUUCGGUGAGGGCGUCGUUCCCGGCCUUACUGACAUUCAAGGGGAAAUUCCAAGUAAUUUAUACUCGCCAGGCAGUUUUGGAGGCGAUUUAAGCGCCUUCCAGUGUUUAGAGUCUGGCAAUGGAGAUGUGGCUUUCGUUAACCUGAAGAACAUUGAGAAGAAGACUGGCAAUUUAAAGUCGGAAUCCCGCAACGACCACUCAAGUAAAAAUGGCUACCGUACCCUGUGCCUCAAAGAGACGGACGGCGACGAAGCGAACGUCUGCACGCUUGCCUGGACUCCGUUAAACACAGUACUGACGCAUCAGAACUUGACAGAUCUACGGCGCGAGGAGAUUUAUUCAAUGCUGCUAGAAAUGAAUGAUCUUUUUGGCAACACGUUCAAAGACCAAGUACCAUCGUUCUCCAUGUACGGGCUAUACGACACGAACAGCAACGUUAUAUUUUCGGAGGAAACGCAACAUCUACAAAUCGACGCUCAUCAGAUGAACAUACGCAGUUACAAAGAUAUCGUCGAACAACUUGUGAAGCAAUAUCCUUGUAGUGGCUCGACAGAUUUAGGUUUCUUUUAUGGUCAUAUAUUUAUAUACAUAUAUAUUUUAUUUUAUAUUCCCAAGGAAUUAUUGAGUGUUUGAAUAAUAAAUCGGCCGUCAUCAUUUCAUCAUUGCAUACAAAUUUUAUUCAUUAAAUGUGUGAAUGGAAUUACAGUUAAUAAAUCACAGAAACCUAUUUUUUAUUAAUUGUACAUUAUUUAAGGAGUUCUUUAUAUUAUAAAACAAUGGUUUGUAUACAAUUUAUGAAUGAUACAUAUCCGAGAAUGUGAAUACUGUGCAAAUAAAUAAUAAUACUUUUGUACACGUCGCGGCUUCUGCCACUUAAAUUAUCGUCGUAGUUUAAAAUUGCUUCUGGACGGAUCAGUACGUUUCCUAAGAUCUUUCACAGUUUUUGCAGUAUAAUAUUACAGCUGAUAAAAAUGUCUUUUGUAUAGUGAUUUUAAGAUUGUCCUGGAACUAAGUAUCAAGUACCCUGGAUAAAAUAAGUAUAUGCAUUAAUAAACUGGAAGUACAAAACAAUCCUGUGUUCAUCGUUAAAGAUCUUAGUUUAAUUAUAAAAUUGCGACG